AUGGCUCACUCUCCUACUAUAGGAGAGGCUGACGGUUCCAAAUGUGAGACCAAUAUUACGGUUGAGGGACAGGAUGAGAAGCAGACGCCCAACUUUAAAACCCCCGAUGAUGUCCCCGACCAGAAUGCGCAAGAUGGUGUCAGAAUUGCCGAGGCUAUGACUUUAUCCUGGUCAAGAUCUUCAUUGAUUGUGGUUUACAUUAGGCAAGUUGCUCUAGUACCCCCGAAGAAAUAUCACAAUAACCUCUCAAUGUUGAAACCAUAUACUAAUAGACAGCGUAUAUAUGCUUUUCAAGAUCACUCCUUGUUGCCCGUCAUCAGUGUCGUAUCCAGCGUCAUGGCAGGUGCCACUUACCUUCCUGUUGCAAAGAUCCUCAACUUAUGGGAUCGCACCGUUGGUUUCCUGUUUAUGCUUAUGAUUGCGACGUUGGGAAUGGUCCUCAUGGCAGCUUGUAACAGUUUCGAGCUCUACGCUGCAGCAAAUAUCUUUUAUUCCGUGGGAUUCACCGGCAUAAUCUUCUGUAUAGAUGUGGUUACGUCUGAUACUUCCUCGCUGCGCAAUCGUGGACUCGCUUUCGCUUUUACGUCUUCUCCCUAUAUGAUCACGGCAUUUGGCGGCCCUGCUGCUGCUGACACGAUUCAUGAUAAAAACUGGCGCUGGGGAUAUGGGGCAUGGGCUAUUGUUCUUCCGUUCGUUGCUAUCCCCAUGGUGGUCAUGAUGCAACUGGGCAAGCGGAAGGCAAAGAGAAAUGGGCUGGUGUUGAGAAAACCAAGCGGCCGUACCUGGAGCCAGAGUACUUGGCAUUAUUUGGUGGAAUUUGACAUUGUUGGCGUGGUACUUCUAUGCGCAGGCUUUGUUCUCUUUCUACUGCCGUUCACUAUCGCUUCCUCCUCCAGCCAAGCUUGGGCGACCGACUAUAUCAUUGCAAUGCUUGUCGUUGGCUUUGCCCUCUUGAUCGUUUUUGGCUUCUGGGAGAGAUUCGGUGCCCGCCAGCCCUUUGUUCCUUGGCAUCUACUGAAGAACCGAACCGUUGUCGGUGCUUGCCUGCUGGAUUUUACCUACCAGGUUGCCUACUACUGUUGGAACUACUACUUCACCUCGUAUCUCCAGGUGGUCUAUAACACUUCCGUGGCCUCUGCUGGAUAUAUCUCCAGUAUCUUUGACAUCACCUCUGGUGUUGAGCUAUUUAUCGUGGGGGCCCUUAUCAGCUAUACUGGUCGGUUCAAAUGGGUUUUGAUGUGGGGCGUUCCGCUGUAUAUGCUCGGUGUCGGGUUGAUGAUCUAUUUCCGCAGCCCCGGCCACAGCUUGGGAUAUAUCAUCAUGUGCCAGAUCUUUAUUGCCCUCGGUGGCGGUGUCAUGAUUAUUGGUCAGCAAAUUGCUCUGCUGGCGGCUUCUGAUCACAAUGAUGUUGCCGCUCUUCUAGCUUUGUUAGGUCUGUUCGGAUACAUUGGAGGCUCGGUCGGAGGCAGUAUCUCUGGAGCUAUCUGGACCAAUACACUGCCUGGCAUGCUCCAGACUAUGCUGCCUGAGAGCAGCGCUGAUCAGUGGCAGGAAAUCUAUGAAAGUCUUCCUCUGCAGCUGAGCUACCCAAUGGGCUCUGAGACUCGAACUGCCAUCAUGUAUGCCUAUGCUGCUACACAGAAGCGCAUGCUGAUUGCUGGUACUGCUGUCAUGACUUUGGCUCUGUUCUUCAUGAUGAUCAUCAAGGACAUCAAUAUCAAGAAUAUCAAGCAGACCAAGGGAACUAUUUUCUGA